GUUGCUGCAGGAGUCGUCGAUCCGAGACCAUCCUCCAACCCAGCGGCUCCUAGACCGAUCGAACGGAUUGUUAAACGCGAAGCAGUAGAGCCCGCCGAAAUGAAGGAAUCAACUGUGGAGGACAAGGACGACAUGGACAAGGCUGAAACCUUUGGCUUUGGUUACCACAAAGUGAUCCACGUGUAUCCCAGCUCUUACUAUCCGGGAUACAACUAUCCGGGAUACUAUCCGGGAUACAACUAUGGGUAUGGCAAUCCCUAUGGCUACAGCGGAUACGGUGGUGGCUAUGGAGGCUAUGGAGGCUACUACUACUAA